AUGGCAUCAGGAUAUUCGAGCAGUGUUAGCAGCUGCAGCAGUGACGAAGGCGACGUCUUGAUCUGUAAAUGUUCAGAAAGACACACGAUCAAAAGAGUGACUACCAAACCUGAAGAAAAUGACACAGAUCAAACGGACGCUGCACGUGAACCCGGUGAAAUUGUGGAUGAAGACCCCAUGGAUAUCCGUGAACCCGUCGAAAUCGUGAACGAAGAACCCAUGGAUCAGACGGAUGCUGCUCGAGAAUAUAAAACGGAUGCUGCUCCCUACGAUGAUGAUGCCUACGACGCCGAUGACGAAUGGGAUGGCCUUUCGAGACAUUACUUGUUCUGUCAUCGACCCGAAAUGAGAGGAUUCUAUACACGAAUGCAGACAUUUGGAUGUUGUUCUUCCACGAGGACCCUAACAGUCUUAGCGAUACAGGCGUACGCCGAACUGAACCAGUGGGACUUGGUUCUCCCGUUUGUUCAGAACGUGUAUGGAAAUGUGGAGUCGUGUCCCGCCAGAGUCAUACAGCUGUGCCUGCUUCUUCACGCAAGAGUGAAACAGUUUGUGCAGUGUCACGCCAUGGCCAAAGUCUGGCUGCAAUACAAUGCCAGCACGGGGAUCGAGGGCUACACUGACGUCGCCAAACUGUAUGUGCGUCAGAUCCUCAUCCCUCUCGGAGCCUACAACUUGGUCGCGCAGUUUGUGGAAGGCUGCUCAGAACUCACUUUUACUGACAAACAGAUGCUUCUUUCCCCGGUGAACAAGUCUGAAGAAGAGGUGUUCCGAUUCGAAAAGAAACAGUCUACUCACUGCUCAAGAGAAGUCAGUGACGAAAGAGUGUCAGAACAUGGAGGAGAAGUAACAGCAGAAAAGUAUUCUGCAGGUGAAAAGCGAUUUAGAACUAUCCGCACCUUGUGGUGUGUGCUACAGAAGGCGCUGGCACGCUGGAAAGACUGGAAAGUGUGGAGAAUACUUGUGAUGUUAACUCUAGGAACCAUGGCUCUCCUUCACACACAGUUUGGUGAUAGUUUUUGUGGACUAAAUCAUGCAAUAAAGGUUUGGGAGGCAAUUAUUAUCACAUGGAACAGAAUAUGUGGAACUUGAAGCUUUUAAGAUGUGAAUACAGCCAGUGACUAUGUGCCAUUCUAGUGAUAAUACAUGUGCAUGAAACAGGCGUCACAAAAUGAUGUGGAGAAUUAAUUAAACUUGGGGGGGUGGGGGGGAAGAGUCAAAAGAUGAUAGUGAUAAUUAAUGUUCAACUGCGUAGGGUUGGGGCGUGGGAAGAUGACCGUGGAAAUUAAUUUCCGGUUGUGAGGGGAGGAGACAAUGCAUUAUCUGAUGGCAGGACAGUGACAGACAAUCAAAAUGGUGAAAGGGUGAGGUGUCUGCUGCCUCUCCAAGUUGAGAAAGGGGUCGAGGAAAGAGAGCAGCGAGUCAGAACUUCGACUUACAGUCUCAAGUAUAUUGUGAUAAAUGCCAAAGAAUAUAUAUGUUUAUACAUUAAAA